AUGAGUGACUACGAAAGUUAGACAAAAGAUAAAAGACCUGCCGAAGUUGAAUGGAAAUAGAAAAAAGAUGCUUUAGAAUAGAAAUAGAGAGAUGAAAUAAGUAAACUUUCUUAAUAGUACGGUUUUUAAGUAAUGAAGUGAAAUUCAAAUUUUAGGAAUGUGAAGUUUUUAAUAUAGCGAAAAGACAUUACUUUAAGUUUGAUUUAGUUGAAAGAGAUAUUAAAGACUUGUAAUAAUAAAAAGAGGAUGAUAAAGAUGAUACUGAUGAAGGUUGGAUUACAAAUGAUAAUGAGAAAUCAAGAUCUUAAAAUAAGUACAGAAAAUACUCAAACAGAGAUGAAGAUCAUAAAAACAAUAGAAAAUAAAGUGAUCAAUACAAUAGAUAGCAAGAAUAUCGAAACACAAGAAAUUAUGAAAACCAAGGAUAAUAUCAAAAAUCAUUCAAGUAUAGAAUCUCUUUAUUUUUAGUUCUUAAUAGAAUUAUAAUAACAAAAGGAAUAGAGAAGAUGUAAGAAAUAAAGAUGAGGAUUAUGAUCAUUAAGAUAAUCAAUAAAUUUAUAGAAAUGAUAGAGGCUAAUAAAGAUAUUAAAAAAAUACUUAAAACGAAUCAUGGAAUUAAAGGAGAACAAAUUAAAAUUAAUAUUAUAAUAACAAUAACAGGAACUAUAAUUAGAAAAGAUAAUAUAGAAAUAGAAAUGACGAAUUUGUAUAAUAACCACAAUAUGUUCUAAAAGAUUCUCAUAAGGAAUAAUAAAUACCAUAAUAAUAAUAAGAAAACUAAGCUUAGCUUGCAAGAUAAUAAUAAAAUGAAUCUGUAACUUAGUAAAUUUAAGAUUCUUCAAAUAAAAAGGAAAGUUAAUCAUAAAAUUUAAAUCAAUAAUAAUUAAAUUCAUAACAAUAAUAACAAUAAUAAUAGUAAUAAUAAUAGUCAUAACAAUAAUAAUAAUAAUAAUAACAUUAAUAACAAUAAUAAUAACAAUAAUAAUAAUAACAAUAAUAAUAAUAACAAUAAUAACAAUAAUAAUAAUAAUAAUCCAAAUAAAAUUCUUAGCAUUAAACUUAAUAACUAUAGUAAUAAUAAUAGAAAAUAUAAUAAAAUAAUCAAUAAGUAAUACCUAAUCAAACUAGUAAAUAGCCAACAUAAAUUUAGGCUGAUUAAACUAUAAAGGGUUAAUAAUAACAAGUGGUAUUAUAAAAAUAAUAAGAGACUCAUUAAUAAUAGUAACAAGUUCCUCAUUAAAUAAUUUAAUAAGUUUAAUAAUAGCCAAGUGUUUAAAAUGCAGCAAUUUUGUAAUCUCAAGUAAAUUAACCCCAAAUACCGUAAUAAUAAAUUCAUCAGUCAUAGUCAUAAGGAUAAACAUAAUCUCAAAACAAUGCUUUGCCUUUGCAGGAAUAUAAUUAGCAAUAAGAAUAAAUGAAAUUUUAUGGACAUGGACCUUAAGGAAAUUAAGCAGUAACAUAGUAGUAGUAAAGAUAAUAAAAGCCUAUGUCAUAGGUCCCUUUAUUGGCAUAGUUCUUGAUUUAUCCAAAUAAUUGUACUUCAUCCACAAACCUAUUCCCCCUUACAAUGGUAUAAAAUAUAUAUAUAUAAAUUAGUAAAAUUUAAAUAACGCUUUUGAGUAAUUACGAGCGAUUGCAUUGACUUAUGAAUAAAAGUAAUAGUGAGAAUAUUUCUUACAUUUUUAAACAAUACAG